AGCAGAGUCCCAACAAAAACGAACACAAAGUACAGGAACCACUUGUGUUUGAGCCCUAACUCUAUUCUGGUCUGGUGUAUGCUUCUCGUCAAUGUCGCUGGUGGCGGCUGGUUCGUUGCUUGUCAAAUAACAUAAUCCAUUUCAGACUAACCAAAUUUUCAAAGUAGCAAAUUCUGCAGCUAAUGGGGUAUCCUAAUAAGAUGGAUAGAAUCAGCAAGCUUCCUGUAGGCGUAAUAGAAAGCAUCUUAUGUCUGCUACCGAUUCAAGAGGCAGCAAGAACAAGCAUCCUCUCUAAGGAAUGGAGGUACCAUUGGAUCAAAAUCCCUAAACUUGAGUUUAUUGAGGAUCAGUUUCAAGAAUGGACUCGUGGGCCUAAGCCGUCUGCUAUCGAGCUACGUCUUAACAAACCAAGUAAAAGGAAAGAUAUGGCCAAGAGGUGUAGGUUUUUCUACGCGAUAUACCAAGUUCUGCUUAUGCACGAGGGUCCAAUACACGAGUUCACUCUUUCUAUGGAAGUAGAUACCUCGUGUGUUGAGAUUGACCAUAUCAUACUUCAUUUGUCCAAGAAAAAUACUCUCAAGAUAUUAAAACUUGAUUUUGAGGAUGGAGGUGACGAGGGGCAUAGGUUACCCAUUUCUCUCUUCUCUUUACACCAAUUAACAAGUUUGUAUCUCCAUGGUUGUGCUCUUUACCAACAACGUUCAUUCAAUGAAUUUGGUUGCCUUACAACCUUAUAUUUGAGAAGUGUAUGGACGCAUAAGAAAACGCUUCACCGGCUUUUAUCCAGCUGUCCAUUACUUAAGAGAUUGACUCUUGGUCAUGGGAUGACAAUUCUCUAUGAUGUUGAAGGUUCCACCAUUGUUGAUCUAUUCGAGUGUUUACCAGUGAUUGAAUAUCUUUAUGUUACGGUAUUCGGCUUGGAGGAUUUUCUUUCAAAGAGACUUCCGAAAAAGCUCCCGACAUCAUUAGUCCACUUGAAAUAUUUGUGUGUGGAUACUCUUUGCUUUACUCACAUAUAUGGGUUACCUUUUCUUGCUCUUCUGAUUAGAAGCUCCCCAAAUCUGGAGAAACUUAAGCUACUGAUGUGGGAAGAAACUUUCGUUAAUGGAGAUGAUGUGGGCUCUUUUACACUUGAUGAUUAUUCAGAUAUUAUGUUGGAGCAUUUGAAAGAAUUUGAGAUUCAAGAUUUUACCGACUCGGAGAAUGAGUUGGAGUUUGUGAGGCUUAUAUUAGCCAAGUCACCUGUACUAAAGAAGAUGACGAUAUCCCCACAUUAUUUUUUUGAUAAAGAUGAAGAAUCAGUCUCACGGGUUUCAGAAAUCCUUUUUUGCUCCUCAUGCGCAUCACCUGUUGUAGAAAUCAUCGUUGGACGGUACAAAUCCGAUCGUUCGUGCCCUUGGUGAACUUGUUCUUUGUUGUUAACUCUAGUGACAUGAAUAAAUUUGUUUCGUUCUGAUAUGAUGUUUUGAGACGGAUGAUCUUUUGUAUCUUAAAUUUGUUAAAAUGUUAUGCUUUUCGGGUCUUGAA